UUUAUAUUAAUUGGGGGUUUAACAGCAAUAUAUGUCGUUGCAGAGUUGGGUGUUGCUAUUUACACAAAUUCAUUAACAUUACUUUCAGAUGGUUUUCAUAAUCUUUCAGAUGUAGUAUCACUUUAUAUUGCCUGGUGGGCAGCUAAGGCAGCCAAGCGUGAUUCAGAUAAUUUAAUGUCUUAUGGUUGGGCUCGUACAGAAUUAUUGGGUGGUUUAACAAAUGGUAUUUUCCUUCUUUCAAUGUGUCUUUAUGUCGCCUUAGAAUCAAUUCCUCGUUUCAUAGAGCCAGCUGAACUCGAAUUAAAGGGUCAAUAUCACGGUUAUAUCUUUAUGAUUGUUGCUGCUGCCGGUUUAUUUAUUAAUAUUUUAGGCACAAUUGAUCACCAUGAUCAUGAUGACGAUCAUCACGGUCAUUCACAUGAAGAAAGCAAAGAAAAAAAACACGGUCAUGGCCAUUCACACAAUCACGAAGAUCACCAUGAUCAUGAUGAUGAUCAUCACGGCCAUUCUCAUGGCGGCGAAACUCCAAAGAAAGAAAAGCAUGGCCAUUCUCAUGAUGGCGGUGAAAAGAAAAAGAAGAGCGGAAGAAAAGGUACAUGUGGUAUGGAUUACAAUAUGUUUGGUGUAUUCAUUCACUUUUUAGGUGAUGCAGUUUCAUCUUUAUUUGUUUUAGUUACAGGUAUUAUUAUUCAAUACACCCAUGGUUCAUGGACUAAAUAUAUCGAUCCAAGUGUUAGUUUAAUUAUUGUUAUUAUGAUCGCUCUCACAUCUUUCCCAUUAGUCAAAAGAUGUUCAAUGAUCCUUUUACAAAAAGUACCCGACGAAAUCGAUCUUGAAAGUAUCCGUAGAAAAAUGUCAAAGGUCCAAGGUGUAGUUUCUCAUCAUGAUUUGCAUGUUUGGCAAUUGGUUGAUGGUAUGACAAUCGCCUCAGUUCAUGUUGGUGUUAUGGAGGGUUCAAACUUUGAUGAAAUUGCAUCAAGUCUAAAAAAAAUUUUCCACAAAGAAGGUAUUCAUUCAACUUCAAUUCAACCAGAG